AUGGCAGUGGAGAGGUUUGGUGGCUUUCCCCUCGAAUUUCGAGUUUGUAGUCCAUGCGGCGUUCCAGUCUACGUUCACUUCUUUCUCAUCGCAUUCUUUGUAUGGCAGCUGUCAAAUGAAGAGGGGGCCGCAAGAAGACAAAGUGGACUUCCUGACUACCACCAAGCAGGAUUUAUCGCUUUAACGUGUCUCGUGAGCUUUGUGAUUCUCUUCCUCACGGUGUUGUUGCACGAGUUGGGGCAUUGCGGAGGAGCCAAGUUGGUUGGCGGACGAGUGGAUCGUAUCCUACUUUGGCCACUUGGUGGGUUAGCUUUCUGCAGCAGUGGUUGUGGGCCAAAAGGGGACCUGCUGGUUGCUCUUGCAGGACCUCUGACUCACGCUCCACAAUACUUGGUUUGGUACGGCUUCUUCCAAUUCUCUGUCAGGAGCCACGAACAGCUAGGACGCUGGUCGGCCACAGUACAAGGUCUAUGCUCGUCCGCCAUGCAUUUGCAGAUUCUCCUGGUCGUCUUCAAUCUGCUGGUACCCGUAUAUCCACUGGAUUGCUCCCAGGCUAUCAUCUCCCUCUGUAGACUUUGUGGCGCAUCGGCACGCACUGCAGCUAUUCUAAUCGUUGUCCUGUCACUUCUGACCAUCGCUGUUCUUGUGGCAUUGAUGUUUGGACUGGUGCAUAUGCCUUUCUUGCCCCUGGGUCUCAGCGGCUUCAACUUCCUACUUAUCGGAUGGCUGACGUUCCAGACAUUUCAACUCUACAGCCACAUUUCCAAGAGAACAGAAUCCAAUCAUCCACUUCUUCGCCAAUGUCAGGACGAUGACCAUUAUCGUGAUGUCUGA